UUUCCUCUUUGAUUCACUCAGCCACUUCCAUCUAUUUUCAAACAAACACAUAACUCCUUAGAAAACAAGCUAAACAAAAUAAUAACUAUCUAUCGAAACCCUUUUCCAAUAUGUUAUCACCAUUUCAUUUCUUUCUUUUAUCUACCCGUCGUUCUUACUUCUUUUUCACAAAACGCAAAAAGACCAUGGAUUAGCAGCUAAUCCAAACUCAAUAUAAACAAAACAAACGCAUACAAACCGCUAUGAAACUAGGUCACAACACACAAUGAAAAUAGAAGCAGAAACUUCCAUUUUGAACCCUAAGUUCACAAACUAAGCUAGCGCUUACAGCUCAACAAUGUCGAACCUGGUGACGAAACAACGAACAUACAAUCGUAAGCACCAAACAAACGGUUGAAAGACAAACCACACAAUCAGAAGCUCAAACAAGAAAACCCCACCCAUAACAAUCCAAUACCCCAAUCGUUUUUCAAUAUUCUCAGUGUUACAGAGGUACAUAGAGAAUAAAAAAAAGAUAACAACAAUUUCAAACGUAGUAUGGAAAUGAAAAAAAAGCACGCUACCUACACGAGAAAAAAGACUCAACACGAAAUCUCAGGAGAGGUUGAGGAACUGAGGCUGAAGCAGAGAGUAGUGGAUGGAAAGAGGAGACAAGCAUUGAGUAAGAUAUUGGAUAUCAAAGGGAGCAUUAGAGUGUUUUGUAGGAUCCGACCGAAUCUUUCGAAAGAGAAGAGAAGAAAUUAUGAACCUGUAUCAGCUGAAUCAGAGAGAGUUCGAGUUAAGUUUGGUGGGACAAGGAAAGAGUUUGCGUUUGAUAAGGUUUUUCAUCAAGAUACAACUCAAGAAAGUGUUUUUGUUGAACUGGAGCCAAUUCUAAGAUCUGCAAUGGACGGGCACAAUGUGUGCGUUUUCGCUUAUGGUCAAACCGGCACAGGCAAGACAUUCACCAUGGAUGGUACAAAUGAGCAGUUAGGGAUUAUUCCUCGAGCUAUUGAAGAACUCUUUUGUCAAGCGUCAAUGGAUGCUUCGUCCUCUUUUACUUUUUCAAUGAGUAUGUUGGAAGUUUACAUGGGCCAUGUCAGGGAUCUGCUGUCUCCAAGACAGUCUUGUAGAACACAUGAACCUCUCAUUAAGUGCAAUCUCAACAUCCAAACAGAUCCAAAGGGAUUGGUGGAAAUUGAGGGUCUCUCAGAAGUGCAAAUUUCCGAGAGUGCUAAAGCAAGAUGGUGGUACAACAAAGGAAAACGAUUCAGAUCAACCUCGUGGACAAAUGUAAACCAGGCAUCAAGCAGGUCGCACUGCUUGACAAGGAUAAACAUAUUUAGACGUGGGGAUUCUUCCGAAGCCAAAAGCGAAACAAGUAAGUUGUGGAUGGUUGAUCUUGGAGGCAGCGAACGAUUGCUAAAAACCGGGGCCAGAGGACUAACACUUGACGAAGGUUGUGCUAUUAAUCUUUCUCUUUCAGCUCUAGCUGAUGUCCUUGCAGCUUUGAAGAGAAAGAGGUGUCAUGUGCCUUACAGAAAUAGCAAGCUGACCCAGCUACUGAGAGAUUCUCUCGGUAUGAUACUGCUUUCUUCUCUAAAUUGCAAAUACAAUCAACUUUUGCGUAGAAAAUAAUGAGUAAUUGAGAGACUAGAGUAAGAACAAUGAGACAUCUGAAUGAACCAACCAUGUGCAGAUGUAAUAUGGACAGUCAACUGUUUGAUAUACUUUCAAAAGUUCUCUUGUUUCUCAUGUAGUUUGAGUUUUUGUAUAUGAUACAAUGGUUGUAAUUUAUUAAUUUCUUUUUAAGGUCUGUGUGGAAGUAGCAUAACAGUUGUUAUUUUGGAUUGAAGUUUUUGAUACUUUGAAUUUAUUUUGAAUCUAAAUUGUAGUAAUUUGUAGCUCAAAAUAUUAUCAAAAUGUAUUAUUGGGCUCAAAAUAAUAUCAACCCAAUAAAACCGAUUAAACCGAUUGCAUAACCCGCAACCCGUCCUAACCCAACCCGUCCAAACCGAUUACAAAAAUGGGCGAAAAUGGGCUUAUAUGGCUUAACCGAGGGUUGGGAUGGGUGAGGCUUUUGGGCCCGAAACUGCCCAACCCGACCCGUUGUCCAGCCCUAUCCCAGACCUUUCCUCUCAGAAUCUCCUUUUCCUCCCUCUCUCCUUUCAAAAAGGACAUUGAGACCCACUUCGUAAAACAAAAUCAGAACGCCACAAUGUUAAAGAACAAAGGAUGCACGUGUUCCUCAUCAGAACCCACCCAGAUUCAUUCUAAAAAUACGUAAAGCAUGAACUUUCCAACAUCAAAAUCAACCAAAAAUCUCACUCUAAACAUAAACCCUCAUUCAAUUUCAAAAGGAAAUACAUGAAGCAAAACCUAAUUUCAUACAAAUUUCAAAUCAUCAUUUCAAACCAACAUAGACAAACAAAUAACUACAAUAAUCAACAAAAGGCAACAAGAAAACAAAGAGGAAUGGGAAGAAGAAGAUAGAGAGAGGUCUCACUAGAGUUUUGAAGCUCUGAAGAGUUUUUUCGGGACAACUUUAAGUGUUGAUGGUGUUGAUAAGCAGGGAGCAUGGGUGAAUGUAGGAUGCAACACUAUACGUGAAAGCAUGAAGCUGCAACAAGCGCUUAAUGUUGUUAAUUAUAUUUUUUGCAAUGUUUGUAAAAGUGUAAAAGCAAAAAAAUUGUGUAUUUUUGU